AUGUGUUACACAUAUGGUCGAUCCAAAACUUUAAUCAAACAACGUCUUCAUAAAUAUAAACUACAAUGUGAAGAAGCCCAAGAGGCUAUUCAUGAAUAUAUGAAAAAAGCAUCACUCUUUAUUGAUAUGGAAUAUAUGAUCAAUAUCAUCAAUAAUUUAAUCAAAAAAGAUCAACAUCAAUUAGGACUUGAAAUUGAGAGACGAAAAACAAUGCUCCGACUAGAUGCUGAAGAACAUCGACUCUUUGAAAACUUUUGUGAACUAAAGCUAAGACAAACGGAAAUAAAUUCAGCAAAGAUUAUAUGGAAAGCUAAAAAUGAACAGCAAAACAUAAUGGAUGAAAUUGUUAUAUUUAAGAAAUGGCUUGAAGUUCAUGCACAAGAAUCAUCAUACAGUCUUCAGAGCAUACAAUUACCCAAUAUCUACCAUACAUUCAUAUCACUCAGCUUUCAAGAACAAGCAUCAUCAGCCGAACAUAUUGCUGAACAAACAAUUACUAAAGCCAAAGAAAUCGUACAACAUCGUACCAAAAUAGCCACCAUUGAGAAAAAUAAACUGCAAUCACCAAAAUCUCAUCAUAAAUAUGCUCAUUUACUCGAGCAAAUCGCCCAUGCCAUACUUCAACAUGAAAAUAAUAUGCAUCAACGGCGUGCAUAUGAAUUACAAGGAAAACUUUCUAACAUAUUCAACCAAACACCAAUUACACAGAUGGACAUUCGACUCAACAUAAUAACCUAA